UCAAAAUUAUACUGGAAACCGGCUCCGUAUGCGCGUCGGUAAAGGAUGAUAACUUCUCGUUGAAUAUUCUUUUGGGACUUGAUGAUACACAUUUUGAAAAUACGUGAAGUACCUACCAAGACUCCUCUCCAGUCCCUUUGAGCAUCUACGGAAGAAUAAAGUCUGCGAGGGAGCUUUGUCCAAGUUCACUCUUCGCCGUCUCUCUUGCCGAGCGCUUCUGAAUCGUAGCAGUACUUAGUGGAUUGUUAAGAGGAUUUGAAUAUGGCAGGCCAAGCAACGGUAAACAUUGAUUAUGUGAAGCUAGUGAAACAAAAUUCAUGUAGUAAAUAUGAGCUAAUUGGACCGAAAGACGUACUGGAAGCCUUGGAUUUUCAAGAUGAAAUUCGCAAAUUCAUAUCUAUUUCAAGGAACGACACUAUUAGUCCUGUUGAGGAUUUGUUUCMCUUACGAGAGGAAAGUAUUGUAAAAAAUAUUGAAAACAAGUCCUGGUCAUGGAGUGUUUGGGUGAAUAUUCUUACAUCAAAUGGUUUCACAURUAAAGCAGUAGCCCACGGAUGUGGAGCUAGUAAUGAAAAGGUUCAUUUGUCUGAAAUCUGGCUGUUCGAAAGACUGAAAAAACACUAGACAUUGAAGAAGACGUGGCGGGAACUAGACGGUGUCGUUUGUCUGUCAGUGAUGAGAAAAAAGAACAUUACGUAGGAAAAGCUAUAAACUAUAAAGCAAAGCUAAAGCAUAAACCUCAUACUGUAUUAGUUAUUCUUGUAUGGUGUAGUUUACUGGGAUCACCAUUGGUGUUAUUCAGUGUGUUAUUCAGAUAAUACCUCUUUAAUUUAGUAGGUAAAUAAAGUAAUAUUUACUUUCAAGUCAAAAUCUUUAAGGUUUAACGUUCUUCGUAGGUAAAAGACUCAUCUCAAAAGACUAGCUGACAGUUUUAAAUGCAUUGAUGCGAAGAGAUGAUUUCUCUAUGGCAAAUAUAGAUAGUUAUGACCGGAAAAAGAUGUUGCUGUCUAUUUGAGCCUCAUGGUUUGGGAACAAUAGCAAUAUACGUCACGGAGGUCACGAGAAAAGUCCUUCGUUUAUCACGAGUUUGAUCAAGCAUUCACAAUCAAUGGUUUUAAAAUCAUUGAGGCACACCCAGGUUUUCCGAAGAAAAUGAAUGGCUUUGAAGUGAUCACGUUUUAUGCUGCUCAAUUUCGAUGGAUUUACCUUUUUAAAACUGCUAUCAAUUCAAGCGAGGUGAACUCUUUUUUUCUAAUCAGAAUUGUAUAAUAAAUUUCUCAAAAUAUCAGAAAGGAAAAAUUUAAUACUAGUUUGAAAUUGUCGUGCUUCCAGCUCGUAUUAUUGUAAUAGAUUUUUAUUCAAUCUAACCUUUCGAAGUGUUGCUUGCCCAUGACGACCUUUUGCUGGUGGAUUUCGCUGGAUUUAUUUCCUGUGGGCACCCAUGUUUGGAAUUUCUUAAAGARAGCAGUGAUCGACAAGAUAAAAAAUACGAAAAUAGCUUACAGUGUUAUCAAGAAUCUCUGGCUAUUGCAAGUCACGUUGAUGCCAAACACCUACAAGCUAUCAGUUAUUCUAGACAAGGUCGUACCUAUCUAAAACUCAAGCGGAUGAAAGAAGCUGAAAACUCAUUCAGGGAAGCAAUACGAUAUUUUGAAACCAUGUUUGAUGCCCUUGGUUGCGAAAAUUUCAAGCUAUCACACUUCUUGAUGCUUACGUUAUGUGUUACAAGGUUUUGGCCAAUGUUUUUUUCCAUACUAAGCAAAUAAAAGACGCCCUCGUCGUGUCAGAUCGAGGACGAGCUCGAUUAUUGAACGGCUUACUACAAAAAUAUGGAAUGAAUGGAGAAAUAAACGAUGAUGUCUUGGAGUAUAAGGAUAUAGAAUCACUCCUCUCUCAAUACAAAUGCUCAACUUUUUUCUACACUGAUUUUUACCCGAUGGUUUGUGUUUUCAUYAUUGAAAAUGACAGAGAAUUGCAAUUUUCUAUGAAGCGCUUUGGAUGCACGUGUAAAUGUGCAGAUACAGUUACUUUUGAAAUGCUUAUUGAUAAAGCCUUGAAUGAGAUCGAAAUUUGGGAUCAUGUCCCCGACAACUGCGAAAAUAGAUCCCUGGACAGGCCGCCGUAUGAAGUGGCUGUACGUGAUCCUGAAGAGAUUAAGAGUCUAGCUGAAGAAUUCGAAAAGUCUCACUUACCAGGGAAAAAACGAUCUCCUGACGAUGAAAAACCUCAGAAAAGCGAAGAAAGCAUUAAGGGAAGUGCUUUGGAAUGGUUACAUAAAUCACUACUAAGCUACGAUGCAAUACACUCUUUCAAGCAAGAUGGUACUCAUGCUGUCACUAACCAUAUAAAAUACUUUGGACAGGAAGACGAAAUUUUGAUUAUUCCUGAUGGUUCCUUAUACAAAGUACCAUUUGCUGCCCUGCGCGACCCAGAUACUGGUCGGUAUCUUUCAGAAGACAAACGUAUCAGACUUAUUCCUUCAUUAGCAACUUUAAAGGCAUUGCACGGACGUACAGAAGAUUAUUAUUCCAAGAAUGGCGCCGUAAUCGUUGGAAAUCCUCUUGUUGGUAAAGUCAUGUUCGAUGGGGAAGAGACAGAGUUCGAUCCUUUGGAUAAUGCGUUUGCUGAAGUGAUCGCAGUAGGCAAUGUAUGCAAGGCGACGCCUUUGACAGGAGAGAAGGCAACGAAACAAGCUGUUAUCCAGAGACUAAAUGAAGGAGUAGCUGUCGUUCAUAUCGCUGCACACGGCAGUCUCACUAAAGGUACGAUAGCACUUGCACCUUCUCCUGAGGUAAGUGCAACAAAGAUCCCAGAUGAAGAAGAUUACAUGCUGACCAUGGCUGAAGUACAGCAGGCUCAAGUACGUGCACAGUUAGUUGUGUUAAGCUGUUGUCACACUGGACGCGGUGAAAUCAGAGCUGAAGGAGUAGUUAGCAUGUGUCGAGCCUUUCUAGCGUCAGGUGCUCGUGCAGUGGUAGCGUCUCUGUGGGCCAUCGAUGACGAUGCAACAUUCGAGUUCAUGUUUAAAUUCUAUACUCGCUUAAUGGACGGAAAGAGUUCGAGUGUAAGUUUACAUCAAGCGAUGAAUGAAAUUAGGAACUCUUCCGGCUACAGCGAACCAAAGUACUGGGCACCAUUCUUUCUCAUGGGUAAAGAUGUCACAAUCAAAUGUUGAAGAAUACUGAAAGCAAGGCAUAAUGAUCACAUUUCAAUUCUUAUUUCUUGCAUGAUUACUCUUACUACAAAGGAAUGUAUGUGGAAUCGUAUAUCGUAAGAAUAUCUAUAAUGAUUUUAAUAGUAUUGGUGGGCCCGAAUAAAGGCUAAAACUCGUCGGAUUGGCUCCGCGUGCAUAGACAAAGAACAGCACUAAGAAACUCAACAUGCAAAAAUUGGUAAAAAGGCAAAAGGCAGAAAUUGAAAUCCGUCGCGAAAUCGGACGGAUUUCCCCCUAUGUAUAUCAGCACUAUACUAACAAAUUAAUUAUAGCUAUAUUUUAUUUGUGGCCUCGGAUUUUAGACUUUGUUCCGCGACAUUAGCUAGUGAACCUCUCAAUUAUCGUAUCUUAGUCAACUUAGUGUAUAACAAUGUGCAACUUGUAUUGAAAUAGGGAAUGUGCUUGUGGAAUGAGAAACAAUUAGACGAAUACUGAAUGCAGGGACAAUUAUACCUUUUUUAAAAAAUAGACCCAUUCUAAACGCC